UCUAGAAUCUAGAGUAGAGACUAGACUGUCUACUAAGUACUUAGAGUUGCUUUUUAAAUUAUCUUUAGACUAAUCUAGAUCUAGUCAUAGAUCUAUAUCUAUAUAGUAGUAUAUAGUCAAUAUAUAUAGUAGAACAAUAAUAGUGAAUCAAUACUAGAUCUAGAUCCUUUUAAGUAAGGACUGUUAGCAGUUAGGUGAAUGAAUCUAACAUUCUAACUUAAACUAGGACCUAGUUGACCUAGUUACUAGGUAAAGACAGUAAACACUAUUAUAACCAACCAUGAGUGGAAGUAUAGAUGAUGAUGAAGAUCCAGAACAUUCUCAAGGUCCUGCCCCUGCUCCACUAGACCUUGGUCGCUUGGAGGUGGAAGCAAGACAAGCUGCUGCCAAACAUGUCGCAAGUUUAUUGCAGAGACCAGAUCAAUUAGAUAAAGUUGACAGUUACAAAAGAAGAGUUGCUAGAAAAAAGGCCUCUGUUGAAGCCAUGUUGAAAACCGCUGUGCAGUCUCAAUUAGAUGGAGUUCGUACUGGACUCAAUCAGUUGCAGAGUGCCCUCCAAGAUGUCUAUCAGAUCAAACAAAGCCUGGAUGAUAUAGAGGAGAACUACAGAAUCAUUGAGCCUCUGCACCAGAAAUUAAAAGAUCUGAAAGAAGAAAAUAAUAUUUUCUGCCAACUGUCAGCAGCUCAAGAGAAUUUGAAGCACAUUUUCACUGUACCUGAAAGUGUGGUCAAAACCAAAGAGCUGAUCAUGGAAGGCAAACUGCUGCAGGCCCACAAACACCUGACUGACCUUGAGAUGUCCAGAGAUGACCUUCUGUUGGCCCUACACAAGCAGCCAAAUCAGAGUCCCACAGAUAAAAAUACACUCACUCAUUAUUUCUCUGAAGUGCAGACUUUGUCAACAGACCUCGGAAAACAGCUGUGGGUGAUUAUUCAGAGGACUUUGAUGUCUGUAAGAAGAGAGCCUACUCUCAUCUGUACAGCACUGCGUAUUGUUGAGAGAGAAGAGAGAAUGGACAAUGCUUGGGCUAAAAAGUGCGACUACAUUGGAUUCAUGCCACCUGGUAGACCAAAGCGAUGGCGGUCAAAAUGCCUUGAAGUACUUCAAACUUCCAUUGCAGCUCGUAUAGAAGGGAGCCAAUUGGAGACUAGAGACCAGGAUAAAAUGUGGUUGGUCAGACACUUGGAGAACACUCGACAAAUCAUGAUUGAUGACUUAAAAGUAGUCAAGACACUGCUGCCACCUGUGUUCCCGCCAGAAUAUGACAUAGUCAAGAGAUACAUCAAAAUGUACCACAAGGCUCUGUCUCUUCAUUUAGAAGAUCUUAUUCAACAAGAACUUGAGGGCAAUGAAGUUGUCUCCCUGCUGCAGUGGGUCAAGGCUUAUGAUUCCCCUGAUCUUAUGCGGCAUCCAGAAUUAAAUAUCGAUGUCAAAGAACUAGGACCUCUACUAGAAAAUAAGUGGAUUUCAAGAUUACAGAAUCAGUAUUUGAAAAAUAUGAAACAAAACAUUAAUGAAUGGAGCAGAAACACUUUACGCUCUGACAUGAAGGAUUGGAUUAGGGAUACCAUUCCCGACCAAGAUGGUAAUGGUUAUUACAAUACCCAACUUCCAGUCAUAAUAUUUCAGAUGAUGGAACAAAAUCUUCAAGUGGCCAAUAUAAUUGGACAAGACCUAGUCAAGAAAGUAUUGGAACUUUUUGCAGAAGAGCUCAACCGAUUUGCUCAUGAAUACAGAAAUGAACUUCAGAAUUUUGAAGAGAGACAUCUCGCAGACAGAAAAGAGCCCAAAUGUUUUGUCCACUAUGUGAUAGCCAAUGCUAACAAUUGUUUGGCAUUUGGUGAGUACAUGAAAGAGCUGAGGAAGAGAUACAUCAAGAAUGAGUUUGAUGAUGAGCAUGAUGAUGACACAGAACAGAUCAGGAAGGACAUGUUUCAGCAGCUGACUGACCGCUUCUUGUCACUCUCUAAAUUUUGCUGCGAUAUUGUAUUAGAGGAACUUUUCAUUGACCUGAGAGACAGCAAUUGUCUUAAUGAGCUCAUGACUAGAAAUUGGAUGGCCAACUCUAGCUCUGUAGAGACGAUCAUUGCCACUUGGGCUGACUAUCACCAAGACUUUCUUCAUUUAAAGCCAGAAAUGUAUGAGAUCCUGCUAGCUAAAGGCAUGCAGAGAAUCAUUAAGGAGUAUGUUAAGGCCCUACUCUCCAGAAAGUUGUCAUUUAAAAACUAUGAGGAGAGAAAAAUGUCAGCAGAGAAAAUUGUUUCAGAAUCUGAACAAAUCAAAGCUCAGUUCACAGACAUGUCUUCUAAAUUGGAUGUUUCCUUGUUUGAUGUUCUGCCUGCCAUGGCUGAGGGUUUGAAACUCAAAGACAGCUCAAUGCUUGCCCUAGAAAUUAUGGGUUUUGCCAAGAAAUAUCCUGACAUACGUCUGGAACAGCUAGUUAAUUUAAUCUUAUGCCGAGGUGAUAUAAGUCGAUCUGAUGCUAGACAGCUGGCUGUGGACACCGUGGGCGAGGAUGAUGCAUCACAGGCUAAACCAAAAGGCAUUUUCUCAGAAAUAGCAACCUCAGGCUGACAUGUUUUCAUUGAGAUCACAUUCGUUUUGGUUCAACUCCAAAUACUUUUAAAUAGUAUUGAUUCUUGUUUCAAAUAAAAUGAAAACCUCAUAGCAUAAAAUUUCUCAGGACAACUUGAAUGAUCAGUUUGUUCAAUCCAAAAUUUAAUAGAGCAUCAAGUGGAAUAAACCCAGGCACUAAAAACUGGACUCUGCUCUAGAUAAAAGAAAAUAUAGAUAGAUAAAAUGCUCUGGAUAAAAGAAAAUAUAGAUAGAUAAAAUGCUCUGGAUAAAAGAAAAUAUAGAUAGAUAAAAUGCUCUGGAUAAAAGAAAAUAUAGAUAGAUAAAAUGCUCUGGAUAAAAGAAAAUAUAGAUAGAUAAAAUGCUCUGGAUAAAAGAAAAUAUAGAUAGAUAAAAUGCUCUGGAUAAAAGAAAAUAUAGAUAGAUAAAAUGCUCUGGAUAAAAGAAAAUAUAGAUAGAUAAAAUGCUCUGGAUAAAAGAAAAUAUAGAUAGAUAAAAUGCUCUGGAUAAAAGAAAAUAUAGAUAGAUAAAAUGCUCUGGAUAAAAGAAAAUAUAGAUAGAUAAAAUGCUCUGGAUAAAAGAAAAUAUAGAUAGAUAAAAUGCUCUGGAUAAAAGAAAAUAUAGAUAGAUAAAAUGCUCUGGAUAAAAGAAAAUAUAGAUAGAUAAAAUGCUCUGGAUAAAAGAAAAUAUAGAUAGAUAAAAUGCUCUGGAUAAAAGAAAAUAUAGAUAGAUAAAAUGCUCUGGAUAAAAGAAAAUAUAGAUAGAUAAAAUGCUCUGGAUAAAAGAAAAUAUAGAUAGAUAAAAUGCUCUGGAUAAAAGAAAAUAUAGAUAGAUAAAAUGCUCUGGAUAAAAGAAAAUAUAGAUAGAUAAAAUGCUCUGGAUAAAAGAAAAUAUAGAUAGAUAAAAUGCUCUGGAUAAAAGAAAAUAUAGAUAGAUAAAAUGCUCUGGAUAAAAGAAAAUAUAGAUAGAUAAAAUGCUCUGGAUAAAAGAAAAUAUAGAUAGAUAAAAUGCUCUGGAUAAAAGAAAAUAUAGAUAGAUAAAAUGCUCUGGAUAAAAGAAAAUAUAGAUAGAUAAAAUGCUCUGGAUAAAAGAAAAUAUAGAUAGAUAAAAUUGAAUUUUAUGUAACUAAUAUUUUACUUAUACAUGCAUUAAUUCAUGGUUGUAAAACAACGACCCUCACUGAAAAAGUAAAGUAUGAUUUUGCAGCAUGUGGUGACCAACAUGCAGUCAAGCAAUCGAGGCACUAGUAGAAAGAACAAAAGGCUUUAGUCUACUUAUAUUCAGCGUCCACAUCUAUUGGACAUUUUCAUGCAUGGUGGUCAAUCUAGAAACAUUUUUGGUGGAUCUGGUAGUGGGGAUAAGUUUUUUAAAAAGAUGGAUGAGAAUGUUUUGUGCAAUUGUUUAGUACUGUAGAAUUAAAUUUUCUGAGCUUUUUCCUUUGAAGCACAAAAUAAUUUCAAUAUGGAGGAAGCAUUAUGACUAGUGUUAAUAUAGGUGAUUUGAUACGAAUAUAAACUGCCACACAUUGAGAUUUUAUUAAAAUCUUAACUCAAUUGUUUUUUUUAGUUGGCGACAGUAAAGCUCAAUUUAGCAUCCUUGACAUUGUUUAGUUCAACAAGGAGACUUUUUUUUUUCCUCUCUGCCAAAUUCGAAGUGAAUUUCACUGUAAUCAGAACCUGUUCAUGAACAUUUCUUAUAUUUUGGAAUGAUAAUAUCUUUAAAUUUAACAGUAGUAUAUGUUUCAGUCUGCUAUUCAUCAUUUGUGUUUAUUUUAUUUGUUAGGUGCAUUCUUAUUAAAAGUAGACACAUACAUGUAUCUAUUCUAGGGGAGUUGCUGAGUAGUAAAGCACUUGGCUUCUGAACUGAAGUAUCUUGGGUUCCAAUCCUGGUAAAGAUUAUGAUUUUGAAUAUCAUAAUUUUUAUAUGCUUCCCUGAAUGCACACAACUCUUAUGUUUACUUGAAAUUAAUUGUAGAAAAGUAAAGGCGUUUGGUUGUUGUGCUGGCCACAUGACACCAUUGUUAACCUUGGGCCACAGAAACAGAUGACCUUUACAUCAUCUGUCCCAUAGAAGGGGUACUUCACUUUUUUAAAAUCUAAAACUCCUUCUUUUGGGACUGAAGAUGAGCGCUUUUUCUUUUAUCAAUAACUUAGAAGCUUAUUACAUUUUGGACUGAGCAUUAUCAAGUUGGUUUAUGUUUGAGGUGUUGUUUUGCUAUCUAUUUGCUUCAUAGCCAGGCCCUCACAGCUUCAUAGCCAGGCCCUCACAGCUUCAUAGCCAGGCCCUCACAGCUUCAUAGCCAGGCCCUCACAGCUUUCUGCAAAGAGGCCCUUUCUAGAGCACAUUUUGUUCUAGAUAGAUGUGUUGAUGUCACAUUCUAGGAGGGGAAUACCCAAUCGUUCAUGCGACUGUGAACUUCUGUUGCAUGGCUCCACGUAGAUAAUUUUAUAAGAUAAUCAUCAGUCAUAGGAACAAUCUUACCUUGGCAUAAAUGCUGCCAACUGUGACCUUUGGGGAAUAACAUGAUCUGGUGUGUGUGAUUUUGUUUCUUCAUCUAUGUAUUUUUUGUAAACAGUUUUGAGGAAAACAGUGCAUCUGUUGUUUUAUAUCAGUAACACUUUAUUGUAGUACUAUCUAGCCUUCUUUUUAAGUUGGGUUUUAAUUAGUCAUAUAGUAGAAGUUGCCAAACUUGAAAGCUUCUUCAAUCUUACUUACAACCUGUCACUCCUAUCGGAAUAUGGGGCAGCCAACAAUGGAUCUCUUUAGUCCCAUGUCCUGGGCCAUCUUGUUCCAGGCGUAGCCAAACUUUAAGGUGCCAGCCUCUAAUUUAUACAACCAAAUUUAUUUUUUAAAAUAUGAAUUUAGGUCUUACAUUUAUUCAAUGAUUUGUUUAUUGUGAAUUAUUAGUUACAUGUUAUUUGAUUGUCCCUUACUUGGUUGGAAAUUAUAAAGAGACUAGACUAACAAAGACUCAAUUGACAUUCCCAUAACUCAAUAAAUGAAAGAGUUCUCUUGUA